UCCACUCUGUAUAAAAAGGCUGUGUUUGCAGAAUACACAGAUAGCCGCUUUCUCCAAGCCAAGCCCAGAGCACCAUGGAUGGGUCUCCUGGGUCCCACCAUUCGGGCAGAAGUCUAUGACACAGUGGUUAUUACACUGAAGAACAUGGCUUCCCAUCCAGUCAGCCUCCAUGCUGUUGGGAUAUCCUACUGGAAGGCCUCAGAGGGGGCCAGGUACAAUGACCAGACCACUUACAUGGAGAAGCAAGAUGAUAAAGUAGCCCCAGGUACCAGCUACACGUAUGUCUGGCGUGUCCUGAAAGAGAACAGCCCCAUGGACCAUGACCCACCAUGUCUCACCUACUCCUAUCUCUCCCACGUUGACACUGUGAAGGACCUGAACACAGGCUUGAUUGGGGCUCUGCUGGUCUGUAAAGAAGGGACUCUGGACAGAGGUGGGACACAGCACUUGCAAGAGUUUGUGCUACUCUUUGCUGUUUUUGAUGAAGGGAAAAGUUGGCAUUCAGAACCAGAUGGGCCCAAGACACAGGCUCAGGUGUACCAGUCCAAAAAAUUGUACUCUAAAGUUCACACCAUCAAUGGCUAUGUGAAUGGGUCUUUGCCAGAUCUGCUAGUGUGUCACAGGAAGUUGGUCCAUUGGCAUGUGAUUGGGAUGGGCACUGCUCCCGAAGUCCACUCGAUUUUUCUGGAAAGCCAUACAUUCCUCAUUAGAAAUCACCGCCUUACCUCUCUGGAGAUCUCUCCUGCCACCUUUCUCACCGCCCAGACAUUGCCUAUGGAUACUGGCCACUUCCUGAUGUUUUGCCAGAUCUCAUCUCACCAACAUGAUGGCAUGGAAGCCUAUGUCCAUGUGGAAGCCUGUCCUGAGGAGCCCCUGGUCCAGAGGGAGAGCAUUUCAGAGGAUUACUAUGAUGAUUAUGAGCAGGACACUGAGGUGUUCUUGUUGGCUGAUGCCAGCGAUUCUCCCUUCCUCCAAGCACGCUCAGUGGCCAAGAAGCACCCCAAAGCCUGGUUUCAUUACAUUGCAGUACAAGAGGUAGACUGGGACUAUGCACCUGCAUCCCUUGUUGACUCCUCAGCCAGAGGUUCUAAAAGUCAUUAUCUGAACAGUCAUCCUCAGUGGCUUGGCAGGAAGUAUAAGAAAGCCCGAUACAUAGCCUACACAGAUGAAACCUUCAAGACUCCUGAGUCUAGUCAACACGAAUCAGGCAUUUUGGGACCUUUGCUUUAUGGAGAAGUUGGGGACACACUUUUGAUCAUAUUCAAAAACUUAGCAAGCAGACCAUACAAUAUAUACCCUCAUGGCCUCACCAGUGUCAGUCCUUUGCACUCAGGGAGACUGCCUAAAGGUGUGAAAGAUGUCAAGGAAGUGCCGAUCAUGCCAGGCCAGACAUUCAAAUAUAAAUGGGAAGUAACUUUGGAGGAUGGGCCAACUCAUGCAGAUCCCAGAUGCCUGACUAGGUACUACUCCAGCUCUGUCAAUGCAGAACGAGACCUGGCUUCGGGCCUCAUUGGGCCCCUCCUCAUAUGCCAUAAAGAAACUGUGGAUCAAAGAGGAAAUCAGAUGAUGUCAGACAAGAGAAAUGUGCUCCUCUUCUCCAUCUUUGAUGAGAACCGCAGCUGGUACUUGCCAGAAAACAUGCAGUGGCUCAGCUUGGAUGCAGCUGAAAUGCACCCCCAGGAUCCCCAGUUCUAUGCCUCCAAUGUCAUGUACAGUAUCAAUGGCUAUGUGUUCAACAGCUUACACCUGGCUGCCUGCUUGCACGAGGUGGCUUACUGGCACAUACUCAGUGUUGGAGCCCAGACCGAUUUCCUGUCUGUCUUCUUCUCUGGCUACACCUUCAAGCACAAUAUGGUCUUUGAGGACACGCUUACCCUCUUCCCAUUUUCAGGAGAUACUGUCUACAUGACCAUGGAUAACCCCGGUACCUGGAUGCUAGGCUGCCACAACCCUGAAUUUAGGAACAGAGGCAUGACGGCCUUGUUGAAGGUUGCAACUUGCGCCAGGAACACUGAGGAUUCUCAGGAGUACUAUGAUGAGCUACCAGCUGACUUGUUGAGGAAAGAUAGAUUCCUGGAGCCCAGAAGCUUAAGGAGCAUUCAGCAUCGGUACCCAUGCCCCAACAAGCUGCCCUCCCCAAGCACCAUGGCAUCCAAAUCUGACCCUGUGAAAGUCUACUCCCACCACCAGAAGGAGAGCCAGGGGCCCACGUCACAAAACUUGAUGCCUGGUGAUACACCAGUGCUUUCUAAGCACUGCCUGGCUGACCUAGGUAAUCUAUUCCAACUGGCUCUGGAAAAUACAACCUAUGAGCCUCUUCCUAUGAACUAUCUCCCUGGGCCAAGAGAGCAAAGUAACCAGAGCCCAGGCAGGGUACAAAAGCUCAGGAAGCCAACUGAAUCCCUUAGUUUAAAUGAGACAUUCCGGCACUAUGGGAUUGGGUCACCAAUUCCACUUAUACGGCCUGGCCUCCACCCCAAAAGCAGUAAGCCCACAUGGGGGCGUUUGCAAGCCCCGAUCAGAGUAGCCAUGAGGAAGGAGGAUUCUGAGUUUCCCAGGUCCUCCGAGAACAUAACUCUUUCAGCAGUCCUUUUAACCUCUAACCUGAUGGCAGCAGCCCUAAGAGAGACUACUUCACAGAUCCCUUUUGUUCAAUGGAAAGAGACAGGGUCCUUGUCAAGACAUCCAGAAACCCUUGGAGGCCCAAAGGGCCCUCCCCUCACUGAGAAAGCUACACCCAUACAGCUGAGGGACCCUAACCCUCCUGACUCCAAGGCUUUAGAAGCGGCUUCAAAGGAUGAAAAAGUAGUUUCCCUAGAAAGCAAAAUGUCUCCCCUGCUGAGGGAUGGAGAAUUCCAAGAAAUGAGUGCUCAAGAAGCCAGAGCAGCUCAUGAAGGAAAGGCCUUCAAAGGGAUUUCUUUGGUCAGAUCAAAUAUGGCAGCUGGUGGCUCUGUAAGCCCUCCCAGGUUCCCUGUGGAUGGGCCAGUGGUCCUGUAUGAAAACCGGUUGUCGGUCAGGAAAGAUAUUGUGUUGGUAAAAGAUACAGAGCCUCAUGAAACACCUUCUCAGGGUAACAGCAGCACUCUCCCAGGUAGGAAUGUAACUGUUCCCAUGCCCCAUCAUCUGCCAACCGAUGAGAUGGCCCUGAGAAAAGAGCUCAUGGACCCCCCAAGAAAAAUACGCUCUGUCCCACUGGCUGUAGACAGUAUGAAGACUGCAUCACCUCACCAGGAAGACUCAGCUUUCUUUAGGAAAGUGUCACCACCAGAUUUAGUGAAUGGUAAAAGGGCAAAGGAGAGAAAGGACCCCCAGGUCCCUGAGACAGAGAUUGCCUUGGAGCAUCCCAUGACAACAGGCUUAGUACUUGAGCUUUGGGAUAGGAAGAAUCCUUUCUCAGAAAAGAGUACAGUGGCACCAGCAGAAAAGACAUUUACAAAUGAUCCUGACCUCAGAGGAAUGAGACUUAAGGACAACAGCAAGAAUGUGUGGCCUCCUCAGAUAGUCACUAUACAGGAGACUUAUACCCCAAGACAAAGACCACAGUUUCAAGAAGUGAUGGAAAGGACGGAAACACCUGACUCAGAGAAUACAGCCUCACCUCCACCCUACUUGGUGGCCGACAGAAAGAAGCUUCUUAAAGCCCUUGUCUUGUCAAGCAUCAAGGAGAACGAUACGUUGGAAGGAGGAAGUGAAAAUACACUCGAACUAGUCUUACCAAACUCGCAACUAUUGACCAAUACAUUAAGUAGUCCAACAAGUGAUGCAAGGCUUCAGAAGACUCAUUUAUAUGCCAGGGAAGGAACAAUACUUCAAAAGAAUGUGAAGGAAAUAAACUCAGAGAGUUAUACUUUAGACAAUCACAGUGAGCAAAGAGUGGAUAGAGACCCAAGUCCAAGUCAGAGGAGCCCUUCCCAGAUGGGCCUACUGCUGGAAAAGCUGGAAAGAGGGAAUGAGUUUGGAGACAAUGCCACAGUAAUCCAAUGGUCAAAAAUAAGACAAUUUAUACUCCAAGGUAACAUGCUCAAGCCAGACUCUAGAGAGGUACAGAAAGCUGCCACUUCCCAUCCUCUCUUGACCUACUGGCCUGAGAGUAGCCAAGGGGCCUCUAGGCCAGAUGAUUCCACAUUAUCUUCUCAAAAGGCUCAGUUGUUUCCAUCCCCAAGCCCUACCCAGUUGGUUUUGUCCUCUUCUUACACUGACUCUUCUCAACUCCAGUCAACAGACCAUAUUAACAACCUCAAAGAAAGAAGCCAUGCAACUCAAGAAGGCAGUUGGGCUAUGUACACAAUCAAAGAAAGUGAUGUUGCAUUAAACACCCUCAACUUAGAGCUUUCAGAAGGCCAAGAGGUGGGUAGUGCCCAGGGAGAGAUGACCUCUCUUCAAAGACAUCCUGGUAAGCCUGCACAUCAAGAAGGCCUGCCUGACUUAGACACCAGGUCAGAGACACAGGUGGCUCCUCGUUCAAGUAUCACUGACCACCCGUAUCACUUAGCAGAGGCCAUUUCUCUUAGAUCUCAGGCAGCUACUGAAUCUAGUAAAGGGAUGAGGUCAGAGGAAGUGGCCUUAAUAAAAUGGGAAGUCAAAGCUUUAGCAAGGCCUUUCCCUAAGGAAAUAUAUCCUUUUUUCUGGGCUAGCCGUAUUGCCAACCAGAUGUUCACAGGAGAAGAAUGGAAAUCCCAAGAUCAUCAGCCAGAAGAUCAAACUUUUCCCAAAACAGAUACUAUUCCCCACCUAAGCCUACUCAAGAGAGAGGAGAAAGUAACAGAAGGAAAAAGUCAGGAACAAGCAGAGCCCCCUCCCACCUUGGGCCUCAAUUCUUCUGAGAGCCCUCAACAACCAUUUGCAUUGAAUUUCCUUCCAGAGGAAACAGUCCUGACUUCUGUCCAGUUAGAGACAGAAAAAGACAGCUAUGAUGACAGCAGCCUGGACAUCCAAAUGGAAGAUUUUGAUAUCUAUGAAGAUAGUGAGAGCCAGGGGCCUCGCAGUUUCCAGAAACGAACUCGCCACUACUUCAUUGCUGCCCAGGAAAAAAUCUGGGACUAUGGGCUGAACAAAUCUCCCCAUUUCCUAGGAGGCCGGGUGCAGAAUGGCAGUGCCUGGAAAUAUAAGAAAGUGGUUUUCCAGGAGUUUGCUGAUGGUUCCUUUAUGAAGCCUCUGGAUCGUGGGGAGCUGACCGAACACCUGGGACUCCUGGGACCAUAUAUAAGAGCAGAAGUUGAGGACUAUAUUGUGGAAAAAGACCUGCACUCAGGAUUGAUUGGGCCAAUACUGAUCUGUCACCCUAACAAACUGAACCCGUCUUAUGGCAGACAGUUGACCGUCCAGGAAUUUACUCUGUUCUUCACCAUCUUUGAUGAGACCAAGAGCUGGUAUUUCACUGAGAACAUGGAGAGGAACUGCAAGCCUCCAUGCAAGGUCCAGAUGGAUGACCCUGGUUUUCAAAGGAACAACCGCUUCCAUGCAAUCAAUGGUUAUGUGAAGGAUACGUUGCCUGGAUUGGUGAUGGCUCAGCACCAAAAGAUCCGGUGGUAUCUGCUUAGCAUGGGCAGCAAUGAAAAUAUCUACUCUAUUCACUUCAGUGGCCAAGUGUUCACUGUGCGGACAAAGAAGGAAUAUAAAAUGGCGGUCUACAAUCUCUAUCCUGGUGUUUUUGAGACAAUAGAAAUGCAGCCAUCUCAAGUAGGACUGUGGCGGGUUGAGUGCAUGAUUGGUGAGCACCAACAGGCUGGGAUGAGCGCCAUCUUACUGGUGUACAACAAGCAGUGUCAGAAUGCUCUGGGAAUGGCCUCUGGCCAGAUCGCUGAUUCUCAGAUCACAGCUUCUGGACAAUAUGGCCAGUGGGCCCCAAAGCUGGCCAGACUUAAUUCUGCCGGGUCUAUCAAUGCCUGGAGCACCCAGGAUGCCAAUCCUUGGAUUGAGGUUGACCUGUUGGAGCCAAUGAUUAUCCAUGGUAUCAAGACCCAAGGAGCCCGACAGAAAUUCUCCAGCCUCUACAUCUCUCAGUUCACCAUCAGGCAUAGCCUUGAUGGACAAACAUGGAAGGAUUACAGAGGAAACUCUACUGGGACCAUGAUGGUCUUCUUUGGGAACGUAGAUGCCUCAGGGAUCAAAGAAAACGUGUUUGACCCUCCCAUCGUUGCCCAGUACAUUCGCCUCCAGCCCUCCCACUUUAGCGUGCGAAGCACUCUGCGAAUGGAGCUGCUCGGCUGUGAGCUCGACAGCUGUAGCCUACCAUUAGGCAUGGAAAAUCGAAGCAUCUCCGAUGCACAGGUCACAGCUUCAUCCCACAAGACUAACGUGUUUGCCAACUGGGCCCCUUCCCAAGCUCGACUUAACCUUGAGGGCCGAACCAAUGCCUGGAGGCCCCGGGAGAAUGGGCAGAGGGAAUGGCUGCAGGUGGAUUUUUGGAAGCUGAUGAAAGUCACUGGAGUAACAACCCAGGGAGUGAAGUCCAUCCUUACCAGCAUGUAUGUGAAAGAGUUCUUGCUCUCCAGCAGCCUAGAUGGCAAAAAUUGGACCUUUUUUCGUCAGAAUAACAAAGUAAAGAUCUUCAAGGGGAAUCAGGAUUAUUCCAGCCCCGUGGUGAACCCUGUGAGGCCUCCGCUCUUUGCCAGACACCUGAGGAUUCACCCCUGGAGCUGGGCCAACCAUAUUGCUUUGAGGGUGGAGGUUCUGGGUUGUGACACUCAGCAGCUGUACUAAUGGGUUAGGGUUGGGAUAGGCUUUGCUCUGAAUAGCCCCUUCCCAUAACUUUCUCCUAACCCCUUCCCCUUCUAGUCCACCACCCCUUUCUCUUCCCAACAUCUCAGCCACCCCUGCUCUUAGUGAUGUUGUGAUGUGAUUCAAAUACUACAGGUCAGGGAGACUUUCUGGGAUUUCUGACUAUCUCUUGACCUAUUAUAGAAGUAGGAGAAAGGAAGGUGCCCCCUCUUUCCUACCUUUAAUCCCCUCCCCGCUAGCUUGUCUCCCCAAGAGUAACAUGGAUCGCACCCUGCCUCACCUAGAACGGGGCAGCUUAGCCAGAUGAACACUCCAGAUUGAGUAAAAGAAGCUGGCUCUGGAAUGGAGGGGCUCACCUGUCUUUGUGGGGGAGAUGGAUUAUCUGUGACUAUUUCUAGCAUUCCAUUAAAUUACACUGUCUCUGCAAA